AUGACUCCUACCAUAGAAGAAUAUGUAUCUCUGCUGAACUUGUCAAAAAACUACAAAGCUUAUGUGGCUAAUCCAGCCACCUUAUUCAGAAAGGAGCUAAGUAGGGUAACUGGUGUUAAGGCCCAAAGAGUGAAUGACAAAGUUAGCAAGGACGCGAAAGCCAUCUCCUGGGAAGUAUUGAAAGCUUUGGUGAAACCGGAAGAAUCAGAAGAAAGUCAUAUGAGCGUACUAGCCCUUGCCAUCUAUGGGUUGUUGAUCUUCUCGAAAGAAAUAGGGGUUAUUAAUAAGGGAGUUGUCUCUUUUGUGGCCCAAGUUCAAAAAGGGGUCAAUCCGGUGCCAUGCAUUUUCGCAGAAACAAUCUGGCCUUUGGAUUAUUGCCGAUCUAAAGGAAAAGGCCGAUUGAAAUGCUGUGUUCCAUUACUCUAUGUGUGGUUCAUGAGUCAUGUGUCAUGCAAAGAGAACCAUUUUCAUUUUGUGUACUCGAAACUCCGGAUUCAACUAACAGACUUUGAAAAGGCUUUGUGGGAGCAGCAUUCUAGCAAAGGAGAAUGGGCCGAAAGAAUGCGCAGUUGGAAAACUGAAGGAUUUUCAUGGAUGGCGCCAUGGAUGGGAAGUUUUGAUAUGAUCUACCAAUGUUGUAACUUCCUGUGGGUCCCAUUACUUGGCCCAUGGGGAGGGACUAUGUACACUCCCCUUAUGUUCAAGAGGCAAGUGGGUUCUAGCCAGUUCAUACCGAUGACUCAUGGGUUAAGUGAAUCAGAGUUCGAUUACAAGCAAGCAGAAGCCCAUAAGUUAAUUGUAAAAUCUGUAACUGCAUGGAGAACUGUCUAUAUCAUUAGUUCAUGUGAGCGUCUGUUAGAAACACGAGGAAGUUAUGACAGUUGGAUUGUCAACCGAGUUAACCAUAGAAUCACAGAAGUCUCUCUAGGAGCAUCCCAAAGCCAACUUGGGAUGGAAGGACUCAUGAAGGCAGAGCUCGUUGCCAAAAGAGCAAGAGAUGGGGAAUGCCAAAUGAGCCUUGGGUGCCAAGAAGAUGCAAAGCGAAAAAAGACUCAAUGCAUACAAGAUGAAGAAGAAGUAAUGGCAUUGAGAGGGGAACUUUGUAAUGAGGCUCAGAUCAACUCAACCUUGUAG